CUUCAAGUUUGGUCCUACAGAGCUGCCGUAGUCGUCAUGUCCUUCCUGGUAGGACUUACGCUUGCUGUUUUACUAAUAACUUUUCUUAUUAUUAUCCGGUUAUAUGUUGUUGUGAAGAAUGGAUCAAGCUGUCAUCCUGGAGCCAAAGGUGCAGUCACAGUUCUCGUGGUUGCUGGAUCUGGUGGUCACACCACAGAAAUCCUGCGGCUAAUGGAGUGCCUGUCUGAAGCUUAUACACCUCGGCACUACGUCAUUGCGGAUACUGACAGGAUGAGCGAGGAGAAAAUCAACACCUUUGAAAGCUCCAAACAACUUUCAAAAGAGUCACAGUUCACCAUCUGUCGGAUACCACGGAGCCGGGAGGUGCAUCAGUCUUGGGGUUCCUCUGUUAUCAGCACUCUGAACGCCCUGCGGUAUUCCUUCCCACUAGUUUUCAGACUCAGACCUGACAUGGUGCUCUGUAAUGGCCCAGGGACCUGUGUUCCCCUGUGCGUGGCUGGACUCCUGCUUGGAAUUCUGGGAAUGAAGAAAGUCCUGAUCGUUUAUGUUGAAAGCGUUUGCCGAGUAGAGACACUGUCUCUCACAGGGAAGAUCAUUUACUGUAUAUCAGACUAUUUCUUUGUGCAGUGGCCGUCCUUGAGGAACAUAUACCCCAAAUCCAUUUUUCUUGGAAGAAUAGUGUGAAAAUAUGCUCCACCUGCUAACAAAUUGAGUAUUACAUAUUUUGCAAUGAUUUUGGUAAAGCUCGGAAAUAAAUGAUUUAUUUUUUAUUGUUUACUAAUGUUUAUAAUGAUCCCAUUUGGCAUUCAGUAGAUGUGACAUUUUGUACAGUAUGCAGGAUUUAAAACUGAAAUAUACUUGAUUUUGCAUGGGGGAAAAAAAGUGUAUAUUUCUAACUUAGCAGACGCUUUUAUCCAAAGCGACGUACAUCAGAGAGUAAGUACAACACAAGCAAGGAUCUAGAAAAACAGGGAACAAUGUCAGUAAGAGCAAACGAUCAGCUUUGAGUCCGAUUGGACACACAGGUGCUGACAGGAAGUGACCAGAAGCAAAGCACAACAUUGAGGGCAGUUCUUGAGAGCUCUAAUCAGUAUAGAAACCAUCUUAUAAGUCAUUCUUAUCAAACAAAAACCAUCAUCACAACCAUCAUCAUCAUCAAUGAUAUGGAGACCGUCAUCAUUAAGUUAGUAGGUAUUCAUGAAAGAGCUGGGUUGUUAGCUUUUUCUUAAAGGUGCAGAGGGACUCUGCAGAUCGAAUGGAGUUUGGAAGUUCAUUCCACCACCGGGGGGCGACAGAGGAGAAGAGUCUAGUCAGAGACUUAGGACCCUGUUGUGAAGGUUGGAUCAGACGCCUUUCAUUGGCAGAGCGUAGUGGGCGGGAGGGAGUGUAGACCUGGAUGAGAGAGUUAAAGUGAGGAGGAGACGUUUUUGUCGCUGUCUUGUAAGCGAGCAGCAGAGUUUUAAAUUUGAUGCGAGCAGUAACUGGGAGCCAGUGUAAGGAGGUGAACAGCGGAGUGACAUGUGCUCUUUUAGGAAGGUUGAAGACCAGUCGUGCUGCUGCAUUUUGUAUCAUCUGCAGAGGUUUGAUAGUGCAUGUAGGAAGCCCAAACAAAGCCUGACAACGACCCACUAUCAAUAUGUACUCAAAGCAAGUUUCGAUUCACCCACCUAGCUGACAACACCUUCCUAGUUUUCAGAUCAGAGCUUGUUGUUGCCUCUUAAUCAGUAAAUUAUACUUUAGGAUAGUUAUUUAUAAGUCUGUCCAACUCUGUGCUCCUUACUCUUACAGUUCUCAGGGUAAGUUGUUGAAGUUUUUUAGGCCUUGUUUUAGUUGCCCACCAGUAGGCCAAAUAUCCCAACUACAAGCUGACAAUCACUUUAUCUAAUGUGCUUUAGCAUUCCUCUUUUUACAGUUAUUGGUACAUGAAGAAUAAAUGGAGAAUACGUGUACAGUACCAGUCAAAUGUUUGGACACCUGAUUGAAAUGCAAGUUAUUAUCUGAAAGACAUUUUGAUCUAAAGGCUUAUGCUUAAAUGUUUGACAGGUGUUUCUUGUAUAAAUAGAAAUAGUGAAGUUUGUGCCUACGUACAUGUAUGUAUGUAUUUCUUUCCAAAAGCAAAAGUGAAAUCAAAUGUUUCAUUUUUAUUGUUUUGAUAUCUACUAUUAUUUUAAAAUGUGGACGAUAGUAAAAGUAAAGGAAACCCUAGUCGUCCCCUAGAUACAGCUUACAGUAGCUACAUUAUAGUAUACUGAAUUAAUGAUCUUACUGUUUCUGUUGUGUGUCUAAACGUUUGACUGGUAGUGAAAAUGAGUUCAGUUUUGACCAAUCAUUCCAUGAUAUGCUGAAACGCUCUUUGCUGCAUGUAGAGCUGUGGUUAUCCUUGUACACAAAGAAAUAUCUAUAUCGCUUUGAGACUACUUGUUUUGGAAAAAUAAAGCUACCCAUGGGGUCCAAAAGGUCAGGA